UUCAGCACAAUCUCCAACCUUCACCAUCACCAUGUCUCUGAUCAAGAGUGAGAGAGCCAGCAUCAUGUCCAUUUGGGACAAGCUGGCUAUGCGUGCUGAAGCCAUUGGCACUGAGACCCUGGAAAGGCUAUUCGUCACUUACCCCCAGGCAAAGACGUACUUCCCGCACUUUGACCUGCACCAGGGGUCGCCGCAACUGCGUGCCCAUGGUACCAAGAUUGUGGCCGCGGUGGGCGACGCAGUCAAGAACAUCGAUAACAUGCAGGGCGCCCUGACCAAGCUAAGCGAGCUACAUGCCUACAUCCUGCGUGUGGACCCUGUGAACUUCAAGCUUCUGUCUCACUGUCUGCUGGUCACCCUGGCCGCACACUUCCCCGCCGACUUCACGCCUGAGGUCCAUGAAGCCUGGGACAAGUUCCUGUCCAUCCUGUCCUCCGUCCUGACCGAGAAGUACCGCUAAAAGUCGCCGCCAGGACUCCAAGGACGGGCUGCGAGCCCUCCCUCCCUUCCGCUUCCCCGAAUCCUUCCUGGAG